GGUUCCAUUCCACAUGACAAAAAACCAGAGGAAAAAUAUUGGAAAAUUCCUCUUCUGGAAUCAGAUUUGAGCCCUGUGGCUUGGCUUUCACAUCGGAAAGUAUGUUCUGCAUUUGCCAGAACAGUAACUAGAGUGGAGGUCUCGAUAAAUUUAAGUCUGUCUAACAUGUUCCAUUUUCCACUUGGACCUGGCCCUUGAGCAGAGAUUAUUGAUCUAGUGCAUACCGCCUCUGCCUAAUCUAGCGGAGUCCAUUGGGGGAUUCUGUAACAGGAAUGAAGAUGCCGAAUGAAGCAAAAGUGCACCCGACCUCCAGUGAUCUUGCUGAGACCACAUUUUACGGCCAGGAACUUGAUCAAGAAUUUGACAUUUAUGACGACCACCAGGCUCCUCUGGUGAUGACAAUUUCAAAAAUGAAGGCUCUGUCUGAAUUCAGGUGCAAACUGGAAGAUGCAAUUCAGAACAAUUACAUCUAUGAAAACGAGACGUCUUCCUUUACACAAGAUGCAAAGGACGAGGAACGUCUUCUGGACCUCAGCCUCUGGGGCGUUCCUUUAUUGCCUAGCAAAGGCCACGAGGCAACUGAUAUUGUUCUCACCAAAUUCUUAGAAGCUACACAUUUCAAGGUCUCUGAGUCCCUCUCCAUGCUCCAAAGAACAUUAAUAUGGCGAAUGAAGAAAGGCAUUGAUGAAAUCUUACAUGAAAACUUUGACCCUGAUCUUGGGGAAGUCGGACACGUUAGCACUAAAAAAGGAAUCAAAGGCCACUCCGUGUGCUACAUUAUAUAUGGAACUUACAAGGAAAAAAAUGCAUACAAGGAAAGAUUCAAUUCAUACGACAAAUAUGAGGAUUUCUUAAGAUGGAACAUCCAAUUCAUGGAGAGGUGUGUUCAAACACUAGAUCUCAGACCUGGCGGCACAAAUUCCAUCAUUAUGAUUAUAGAUUUGAAGGAUGCCCCGGGUCCAUUGAUCAAGGACCUGCCCAGUUUUGACAAGAAAAUGUUAAAUCUUCUGCAGAAUUAUUAUCCUGGAAUCAUAUACAGAAACAUUGUUAUCAACGUUCCCCUCUGGCUCUUGACGUUCCAUGCAUUACAAAUCUUGCCAUUAACACAAAAGACUCACAAGUUUAUAUUCGUGAGGCCAUUCAGAGUUGCCAAGACCCUUCUCAAGUUUAUAGCACCGGAAAACUUACCAGUUCAAUACGGAGGCCUUGAACAAGAGACCGGGGACCUAUCUCAGGGAGAUGCAAAAGUUGUGCAUCGAAAAAUAAGACCUCUUUCUGUGGAAUGUUUUCAGAUUCCAGUGCCUCAGGCAGGGGUGACUGCGUUUUGGUCCAUGACUGUGGUUGGAUUUGAGGUGAGCUACAAGGAGGAAUUCAUCCCGAACGAUGAUUGCUCUUAUCAGAUUCUGAUUCAGAAGGAAAUGAGGAUGGGAAAAAGUAUAACGAGUUCAUUUUAUGUAAGGGAGCCUGGGAAGAUAGUAGUGAGCAUUAAGAAUGGAACGCCCAAGAACAAACUGGCUUUGUGCAGGCAUUGGAUUCAGUCCACUGCCAGCCCGUGACCAAUUAUCAUAAGUUAAGAAAUGAUAGAUGUUCCUUUCAUUUGUUAAUCAUUAGAAUGUUGUGAAUAUAGACCAGAUUUAAAAAAAGUGCUAUACGCUACUCGUCCAGUGGUUAUUAAAUGUCAAACAAAUGAAUUUUUAGUUUC